AUGACAGUUAAGCUCUGUUGCACUAGGCCAUUCCGUGCUCGCACCCAAGCCUCAACUUCAACUCAAAUUUCAGAACUGAGGGACAUCUCGACAACGUCACCUUCAAAUCCAUCGCCUGCAGAAGUACCGAAACAAACUGUCGCAUUCCACCCAACUGUAGCUACCUCUAGCACAGAGCCUGCCAACUUAUCCGAACAAGAAAGCAGCAUUUCGAUUCAAAGGCGCCCUUCGAGCUUCACGCCGCCUUCGCUCGACAUGCUUGCCGGUCGAACACCCUUGGGUGCGUGGCAUGCUGUAGCUGCUAAAGUUGUAGCAACAAAUAGGUUCAGAGGAGUUGGAGGGGAAUCCUGCGUAGAGGACUUUAAGAUCGAGGAACUUGGUGGUCAGAGUGGGAAAUUGGUCUUUGGACCGGUCUCUGUUUUCAAUGGCAAUGUUUCACUACGGAUAAAGAAGCCCUUGAAAGGCAUGACUCUCACAGUCACGUUCAAUGGCGUAGCAGAGGUUGACAAGUGCCUUUUAACUUUUCUUAACAUCUCCCAUGAGGUUUAUUCUGGAGACCUUCAAGAAGGACUUCGUACAUUCCUUUUUGGAUUCAAUUUUCCAUACCUAAACCUACCUCCGUCAUCCAAGAAUCCCAACCUUGUGUAUUCGUUCAUUGCGAAACUCACAGAUGCAAAGAUUGGCCCUGUAGGCGAUGAUUCUUCUACAAGAUCAAGGAUUUUGGAGUACAAGAGCAAACCACUUGAAAUCUUUUUUAUACCAUACAUUGAUCCAUCUUUGCAUUCACCUACUUCUCGGGUGGAUACCAAUCCGAACCAAAGCAACGGGAAGGGGAAGGGCGUUGAAUCUGUGAAAGAAGGAUCAGUCGAUAACACGCUUUCUCCUGAAAUUGGAUCCCAAGGCCCCGCAACGGUUGCAAAACCUAAAUUAACCUUGACAACUGCAGAUAUUCCAAUCUCUGCUUCGAGCAACAGCACGCCGGUCAUAGAUAAACCUCGCCCGCUUGAUUUGUCAAUUACCAAAUCAUGUAGAAUCAUUGACGACGAUAAUAACACAGUCGCAAAGCUCAUAGUAGAUUUGCCAAAAACCAAAUUCUUACCAGACGAGGAGAUAUUUCUGGGAUUGAGAUUGGUUGUUAAAGAUGGCGAGGCAAUACCAAAAGGAUUUGGUGUUAGGGUUAUCGAGAAACGAUUUCUUGCUCGGAUUGAUUCCGAUGGCGAUAAUAGAGAUACUGAUAGCGAGGAUGAGGGUCAUCAACAGGACAUGAAGGUUAUUGGGAAGAAGCAGUCAAAGGUUCUUGCUGGGAGAAAGUUCACUCUUCGUCCUGAGGAGGCUAGAACAGUUAGAGAGGCUAUGGUAGAUAAUCCUGACAUCAUGGCUGGCUCAGACGGUGGAUUGAAGGGCGGGAAGGUCAUUGAGCUUCCCAUCAAAAUCCGCCUUCCUACAUUUCAGACGUUUAUCAACGAUUUCCUCCUCCCCACCGCGACUCUUCCGUUGGUCCCUUCUGAUCUCGCUUUGGAUUCUGGAAAAGCCGAUAGUAUUCCAUUACCAACGUACACUGAGAAAGGAAAGGGGAAAUCGCCAGCCAUAUCUCCUGUUACUACCACCCCCACUGCUACUACCUCCAUCUCAAUGGAAUCUAUCAAUAAAAACCUGAAUUUCGUGGUUGCACACAUACUCCAGGUUACCGUUCCAACAAACGGGAGUGGUAGCUGGUUCAAAAAAUCUACUUCUGUAGCGAAAGACCUCGAAGUUACUAUUCCUAUCGUUCUAGGCAACAUCAAUUCAGUGGCGACGGGUCGAAGAAAGGUGCCUGAACUGAGACUGAACGCGCUUGAGGAGAUAAGGCAUGGGAGCGGUGUAGGAAGUGUGAGAAGUAGUGUGAGAAGCAGCGUCGGUUCUGCUUCUGGAGCUGGAGCGCCACCUAAUAAGCCACCGCCAACUUGGAGAGAAGGGGAGCGGUUUUUGACAUUGAAGGAAACGGAUGUUCAACCAUUCUUCUCUGCAGACUCCUACGCGAAUGAGUAA